AUGAAUUUGCGCCUGUGCUUGCAGGCGCUCCUGCUUCUGUGGCUCUCCUUGACUUCGGUUUGUGGAGGGCCCUUGGUAGAGGCGUUGGACAGGAAGGAGCUGGAGGAAGGGAACAUUCGGACCCUGGUGCAGCCCAAGGUGGCAAGAACUGGGGGACCCUGGCAGGGCGGUAGGAGGAAGUUCCGAAGGCAGCGGCCUCGCCUCUCCCACAAAGGCCCCAUGCCUUUCUGAAGCAGGGCUAUUGAGGCCUCCAAGGGUCCGUGUCUUCACUCCCUGUUCUGCUCCCAGCAGAUGGACGGCUUUUCCUACCUGCACAUGGGCCAGGCCCCUCCCUCAGAACAGCUUCCCCAUGCCGCUGCCUGGAUGGAGUUGUCCUGGACCCCUUUCUUUCUCUUGGACUGACUUAAUCCACUUCUCUUCCUCCUCCCUGCCCUAAGCCCUUAUUAAUCUGGGGCCCCGACACUGAGACGAGUGGGGGAAGGCUUUCGUCCCCUUCUCUGCCUCCCUCCAGGUCCGCCUUCCAAAUGUCACUAUGGCCCCUCUUCACCCAGUGAUCCAUGGGAAUUUGGGUGUCCAGGCUGGGGCUUCCCCCGCUUUCCCUUGGGUACUAUGAUGCAGUUGCUUUCCCUUCAAUGAGCCCUGGCCUCAAGGGUGUCCAAAUGGGGAGAUGUAAGGGGAGAGAGGAGCCAGCAGAGCCUUCUGAGUGGGGCAUUUAUGGGGAUAGAGAUCAAAUGGCUAAGAGAAACUGGGGAACCCUGGGGACGGUCUGGUGGAAGGUGGGGUUGCUUUGAUAUUGUGCCUUGGAAUUUGGGGGGCUGGUUUCUGGUGAAGCCAACGGGGAUCCUUUGUUGGAGGGGAAAGCAGCUGGUGUCUUUCCCACCUUCCAGUGCUGGGGACAGUUUCAAUUUUUGUCACCCCCCCUCAAGGGGGUCCUUUGAAGCACUUUCUUAGAUGUGAGGGGAGGGGAGUCCCCUCUGAAGUCUUAAGAUGCCCCCAUUUCCCUGUCUCUAUGGUGUGUGUUCCUUCCUUCUACCUUCUAGAGAUUUAAGAAGAUAUAUAAAAUACAUAUAUAAAAGUCCACACGUACAUACACACAUAUGCAGUCAAGAAGAGAGCUAUUUUUGUGAAACAGUGGCUUCUGUGGAGGGGAGGAAUCUAUUUAUUCUUAAUUAAACUUCCAAAAGUAAAGGGAAAAGGAUCUGGCUUGUUCCACUUGGCCCCAGAGGGGUCAAAAUAAUGCAAUAGGUGAAGGUUGCAUUGAGGCAGAUUUGGGUUCCAUACAAGGAAAAAACUACCUAAUCAUGAGAGCUGGCCUAAAGUGGAAUGAGCUGCCUUGGGAGAUAGCUCCCUGUCACUGUACGUAUUCCAGCAGAGAUUGACCAAUUGCUUGCUGGGUGUGUUGUAGAGAUAAUUCCUGUUGGGUUGAACUGAAUGGCCCCCAAAGCCCCUUUUGGCUCUGAGAUUCUGUGAAUAUAACAGGGUUAGAGUCCUCAGCCUUUAGGGGAAUGGGGAUACGUUGCCUUUGUUCAAAGGUCCUGUCUCUGCUUCUCCCAGGAUGCUUUUUGCAUCCUUCCUGUUACACAAAGGAGACUGGGACUCAGAGGCAGGGCGUAAUGCUCCUCACCCCAGUCCUCCACACCCUUUCAUUCAUCCCUCCAUUCUCAAAUGAAAUUCUGGCUGCUGACUCCCUGCCACCCCCACUCCCAACCGUGGGUUGGGGUAGCCCAUAAAAUGGGGGGCCCACUGGGGAGAUAGGUGCCUUUCACCCACCACGGUGCCAAGAAUCCUAGAAUAUCAGAGUUAGAAAGUUGCUUAGAGAUCUCUAGUCCACCACACCCCUUUUCCUACAUGGGGAAACUGAGGCCAAGAAAGGAGUGGGGGAGCCAGAUCUGGGGUGGAGAGAGGGAGAGCUAGCUAUGAACUGCCUGCUUUCUGGAAGGGAGCUGUACCACUCCCCCCGCACCCCUAGUGAUGCACAAACGUUCCUCCCCAAAUGUCCCUUUGCUGUGGGUAACUUGGAUUCAUCUGGGUUAGUUUUCCUCCCCUGCAGCAGUUAAAGCAGUGGACCAGGGGCCAUAUGAGAGCUAGGUGCCAUUGUGGCCCUGGGCCCAUCAUAAGAUAGAGAUCUUGGAUGGACCUGGAGAGCUCAUCUAGUCCGAUCCCUUAUCUUAUGGGGGGAGGGGGCAAGGUCUGUAGAGAUCAAAUGACUCACCCAAGGUCACACAAGUGGCAAGUGGCAGAGCUGGGAUUUGAACCCAGGUCUUGUGACUUCCAAUUCAGCACUUUUCCCACUAUACUACAGCUCUUUCCACAAUGUACUUUUGUGGCCCAGGCCCGGGCCUGAGAACCUGACUUGGGCCCUCCCUUUCUCCCAUUUGGCUGGGCCUCACCACCCCACCCACCUCCAGUCUCCUGACCUUCGUAGCUGAGGCCCUGUAUUCACCUGAGGUCAGACUGGGAUUGUCCACACUCUCAGGACUGGUGGGCCAGGGAUAUAUCCCUGGCUGGGAGGGUAGGAGGGCCACAGACAGCUGGAGGAGGAAGAGGAAGAGGAGAAGAAGGGGGACAGCUGGAUCCCAGCUAAUCCCCUUUCACAUGGUAGCUGUUCAGUUUGUGGUUCUAAUUUAUGCCAAGAUAAAACCUUUCUUCCCUGAGGCACCAUCCCCUCCUGGCAAUGGUCAUGUCAAUUCCUGUGUUUGUAAUAUUGUCCUGUGUAAAUAUAUCUUUAUAAUAAAGAGUUUUAAAAGGGAAAUAAACCCUUAUUUUUGGA